AUGUUUAGUUCGCUAGCUGUCGCCCUUGGAUGCAUUGGUGUUGCUUCCGCAAGUGCCUACGGGACGCCUAUUGAGCGUGAACUUAUUCUAAGUGGUGCAGUUGUACCGAUUGGCAUCAAGUCGUAUGUUACUAGCGUUCGAUCUACGCCCGACGGCGAUACUGUCUGUGGCGGCAAUCUCAUCUCUCCUACUCAUGUCCUCACUGCGUCACACUGCGUGACCUACGACAUUCGUUGGGUCUCAGUUGGGACUCACUAUAACAACGGUACUCUUGACGGCGAGCAGAUUCGGGUUGUGUCAGUCAUGAACCACCCAAACUACUCUAAGAACGUGAAAUACGCGGACGACUUUUUGGUACGCGAGCUCGAGAGACCAAGCAAAUUCAAGCCUGUAAAGCUUGCUGUUUCCGACGACUCCGACUUCAAAGCGGGGAAGUGGGCUGUGACCAUGGGGUGGGGCUCAAAUGCUGAGGUCAACGGCACCUAUUCGCACGAGCUGCAGAGUGUUGACGUCCAGCUCGUGAGUGAUGAAACCUGUGCUGCUUUUGCCACCAUCGACUCCAGUAUGGUCUGCGCAGGUGGAGUUCUCAAUCAUGACUCUUGUGCCGGAGACUCUGGGGGCCCACUCAUCCUAGAAGGGUUGAGCACGACAGAAGACGUUCUAAUUGGGCUUGUGAGCUGGGGAAAGAACGAGACGUGCGGACGGGAAGGCUAUCCUGGUGUCUACUCGCGCGUUUCCAACGCUCGAAAGUGGAUUGAUUCCAUUACAGGUGGAAACGGCACUUGCAUGGGUUAAGAUCAACUGAGCGGCAAGUCCAAAGAAUCUUCUCAUAAAUUCGUGCUGAAGUUUCUAGCGUUUUCUACUGUAGAAAUCUUAAGGAAACGU